AUGGAAGACGAAUUUAAGAGGCCAAAGGUUGCUUGGAGUGACGAUUUGAGUCAUGAUUCCGAGGAAGAGAGAGAGCGCGAGCGCCUCGCUCAACUCGAGAAAGAACUAGCCGAAACGCCAAUCAAGCCUUCCUAUGACCCUGAAGAGUUGCACAAGCUGAUCGGCUACAUCAUGAGGAUCACGACACUCUACGAUUUACGCGAGGAAGAUUGGACCGAAGACGUGAAGCAUGGCAUCGAGGAGUGGCUUUUAGAACCGAGAUCUUUGAUCCUAUGCAUUUAUUUUAGAGGCGACAAGUUGAAGUCGAUCAGCGACAUCCCACUGUCGCCGGUGUACGAUCUUACGUAUUUCAUUCGCGCGCCCGACUUCGUUUUCAAGUCUGAUACAUUUCACGAUGACAUAAUCUUUGGUACUUUCGUUGAUUCGGUCGAGUCGAACGUUAUACAGAUCCUGGAAAACGUUUACGCCCCGUAUUUCUUUGCCGUCAACGCCUGGCCCGAUAGCGUAAAAAGCGAAUUCUGCUCUCAAAUCCACACGUUUUUGGCGAAGCUAACGGACAUGUAUUACAAAAUGCUCGGUCUCACCGUAUUGUAUAUACCUAGAGAGGGACAGCAGCUGACGUUCGAACAGGCCAGCGCAGACCGGGAGCUGGUGAAAAGGCUGGAAGGGGUUGUGGUAUACUGGACGCAUCAGAUCAAAUCGUGCUUGGAGGACCAUGCGUUUGUGGCGUCACAGAAAGAGCUCUUGUGCCCGAGUGAUGAAUACGACUUUUGGAUAUAUCGGCACGAAAACUUAAAUGCCCUGCUAUACCAAUUGAAGAAUCCAGCGGUAAGACACAUCACGAAAACACUGGUGACCACACACUCGACUUUCAUUCACCAAUUCCAAACUCUUUGCCAAGAAGUCAUUCAGAAGAUCAACGAAGCCACUUCCAACAUUGAAUACUUACAAGUGAUCAAACAGCCUUGUGCGAUUUUGGAAUGCGUCAUAGAUCCCGAUGAAAUAGCCAAACACGUUCCCCAAAUAAUCAAUCUGUUCAGAUUUAUCUGGAUGGAGUCCCCAUAUUACAACUCCGAGGCCAGAAUAACAAAUUUAUUCAAGGCCCUGAGCAAUCAAAUCAUAAUACUGUGCAGGAAUUACGUAAAUCUAGACGAGCUGUUUGAGGGGGAAACUAAGAAAGCGCUCGGUGAAUUCACAAAGUGCAUUGAGUGUUGCAAGAAAUACCGCGAAAUUUACGACACGAUGGCCGAGGCUCACUGCGAUUCGAAGCCAGACUCUUGGAAUUUGGACACUGGUAGCAUUUUCAAUUACAUCGAUUCCUUCGUUCAGAGGUGCUUUGAUAUGUUAGAAGUUUGUAACUGCAUGAUUAUUUUUGGAAGGAUCGACGAACUAGAACACAUCAAUAAGCCGAUGUUCAGUGGCGCUCGCGGUGACCAGUUCGAGGCUAAAUGCGAUCAAAUUGAGCACAUGUUUCAAGAUGCGCUACUCAACGUCCGCAGAGUGUCGCGCGCCAUACUAGACGUCCAGGCGCCGGCCUGGUACGACGAUAUCCUGCAGUUCAGGACUGUCAUCAAGGAUAUUGAGAUUAUCAUAGAGAACUUGGUGGAGUCAGUCUUUGAAGGUGUGAAUCACGUGGAAGAGGCUGUGGUCGCUCUGUUUUCGCUCAACAAUUACUCCAAGCGGAAGAGUUUGAAACGGAUUUUCAAGAAGAAAACUGCAGAGGUUUAACAAUUUCUCAAGGUUUGGGCGAUGUUUAGCGACGAGGUACAGGAAGCUAAAAAGGAUAUGGUCUCGAAUCGAGGUCAGUUUCCAGCUGAUCUGCCGUCCUUUGCAGGGCGAGCUAUUGUACUCAAGACGAGGAAAAACAGACUUGUGUACUUGAAAAAGGUGAUGACUGAUGCCUCAGUAUGGAUGAUGGCGUGCAGUAACUCGGAAGACGUUAUCAUGCACGUAAACAGACUGAUGGGCGCCAUCGAUGUUGCCAUACGCGAACUGUGGAUUUCCUGGACGCACAAUUUAGAUGAAAAAUGUAGCGCGGGCUUGAACAGGACCUUGAUGCGGAAGAGCGCAGAGAACUUAGGACUCUUGGAGUGCAACAUCGAUGAUUCGCUUCUCAUAAAACAGGUAUACAUGAAAAGCAAAACUAUUUACUAUGUUUACGAAAGCGUGUUGGCCGUGGUUAAGGGAUACAACAAGAUAAUCGACUCGCUGUCUGACGAUGAAAGAUUACUCUUCAAGCCUAUGAUUACAGCUUGCGACAAGAAAGUACAGCCGGGCAUUUCAAAAUUAACUUGGACUUCAAAUAUGUCCGACGCCUACAUUGCCGAUUGCGUUACACAAAUUGGAGAAUUUCAAGACUUUUUAACGACAUACAAGAAUUGCAAUGUUAAUUUAGUGAAAAUCAUGGAGAAAAUAUGCGACACUCCGCUGAUCGAGUUUGACGUCUAUAAUGUUUUUGAGAUCAAAGACUUACGAGGGAAAAUACGAACUAUGCAAGCAGGGGCGGCUUCUAAAAUAUUGGACAUGUACAAGGAAAUUGUGAUUUAUAUAAUCAUAGUUUAUGAGGGCUUCGAACCGUAUAUACCUCAGAUGGCUGAAUAUUGGGUUCGGUACGUGAGAAGGUUUGAUCGUUUAUUAGAAGACGCACUAAGGCUAGCUAUCAAAGGAACUAUGCAGAACAUUUAUAAAUGUGUUCACGGUGAUGGGACAAUGGCGCCGGCACCUCUUAUAAAAAUGAAACUUUUCUUGACCGGAAAAGAUAUCGUUUACGUACCAACCGAACAGGAAAUAAAGGAUACAUUCAAUUCUAUCCUCGAGGAGAUCGUUCAUAUAUUGAGCACAGUUCCGAGAUUAUUCGAGAAGUUUGCGUUGCCCGCCGGCGGACUUAGGAGGUUUUAUGAAGCUAUACAAAUCGACCCUGAUUGUAAUAAAUUACAGUCCCUUAUUGACGCUGAAAUUGAAUACAAUUUAUCGCUCAUCAAUGAUCAUAUAUGCAUGUGGGAUCCUUACGCGCAUAUUUGGAACGUAAACAAGGAUCAGUUUUUAGAACAGUAUCGCUUAGAGAAGCACACGGCGGCAGAAUUUGAUGCAUUGAUUAUUAAUUACAGUAAUUUAGCCAAUAGCGUUCAGAUACAGGAGACCAUCAAUCAGAUACAUUUCGUCACGCUCAAUUCGAAUCAUUUGAAGAAAUCUAUAAUCGCUCACUGCCUGGUUUGGCAAACGAAGCUAGGUGAGCUCCUACGAAAGAUUACUGAAGGUGACAUUGACAAAGUAUAUGUAUAUGUGGAAAAGAGUAGUGAAGACGCUAUGAAAAUGCCCGCCGACCUAAAUCAAUUGGCCUCAGCCAUCGCCACGUACGAGCAUCUCAUGUCCGAUAUCAGCAGGGUCCAGCACACCUUCCCGCCCAUCACUGAUCAAAUGCAGACUUUGGCGAAAUUUGAAGUAGAACUAAGUUCCGAUAUGGUCGCUCGUCACGAGAAUAUUCCAGUCAUUUGGGCGGAAUAUUUAGCGCUAUUGGAAGAAGCGAAAAAAGCCUUAGAAUUGAAUAAGGACAAGUUUAAAGCGGACUUAUUGGAGCAAGCUGAGGUUUUCAAAGAAGCAGCCAAGACUUUCUGUGAAGAUUUUUAUGAAACUCUACCCUGUAGUUCUGAGGUCACCGGAAAAGAUGCCUUGUCCCAAUUAAAAGCGUUCAGAGAUCAACUGAAUGCCCUCCGCGCACAAGAACAGCAGAUCAGAGAUGGGCUCGCCGUCUUUAAUUUAACGACACCAGUAAAUCUGGACCUGCAAAAGAUGGAAAAAGAACUGGAAAAGUUGGAAGAGGUUUGGGGAUUAGUUUUUCAAUGGGAGGAGUCGUGGGAAAAAUACAAAACUCAAACGUUCUGGGAGAUGGAAACGGAUGAAAUGGAAGAGAACGUUAUGUUUUUGUUUCGUAACUUCAAUAGGCUAUCGAGGCAGCUCAAAGAUAAAGGAUGGGACGUCAUUGAGACAACGCGGGUAAAGGUGGACGCAUUUAGGCGCACUCUGCCUCUAAUUGGCGACUUGAAGAAUCCGUGCAUGAGAGAGAGGCAUUGGGAACGAAUCAAAACUUUGAUGGCGGUAGAGUUUGAUGAGAAUUCGGAAGAUUUCAAACUAGAGGUCAUAAUGCGUCUCAACUUCCAAGCAUACUCAGAUGAAAUAGCAGAAAUAUCGAAUGCUGCUACAAUGGAAUUGAAUAUAGAAAACGGUUUGAAGGCCAUCAGGGAAGUGUGGAAGAACACGACUUACGAGAUGCAACAGCAUAAGGGAGAAAUGUAUAGAAUUAAGAAUGUCGAAGAUGUUAUGCAGUUCUUGGAGGAUCAUCAAGUGCAACUGUCGUCGAUGAAAUCAACCAAAUACGUUGAGCCGUUCAUAAAGGAAGUCGAUUACUGGGAAAAGUCUUUGGGCUAUGUUGCCGAGUGUAUUGAGAUUGCAUUGCAAGUGCAACGACGUUAUUUGUAUCUCGAAAGUAUUUUUUGCGGUGAAGACAUAAGAAAACAAUUACCAAGCGAAGUGCAAAUAUUCGAUGCGCUGACGGAUGACUGGACUGAAAUAACGAGCAACAUGUACGCGGGAACAAAUGCUGUGGAGGCUUGUCUGUAUAACCCUGCUCCGUACGUGUAUAAUAAAUUAAACUCGAUGGUUGACAAUUUGGAUGGAAUAUUAAGAGCACUGGAAAAGUAUUUGGAAACAAAACGCCAAUUAUUCCCGAGAUUUUAUUUCGUGUCUAAUGAUGAUAUGCUUGAGAUUUUGGGAAAUUCGAAAAAGCCACAGCUUAUUCAAACACACUUGAAAAAGCUGUUUGAUAACGUUAACAAGAUUCGAAUCGACAAGGUAAGAUUAAAUUGCAUAUAACUAAAAGUGAUACAUAUAUUCACUUGUUUGUCCAUGAUGUCUGAAGACGGAGAAUGUAUUGAAUGGAAAUAUAAUUUGGUAUUGGAUGGUCCUGCUGAAGUGUGGUUACUUGGCUUGGAGCAUACCAUGAGAGUAGUUCUGAGAGAGCAAUUGAUACUGACUCGAGCAGCGUUGAGGAAAUGUCGUUAUCAACGCGAACAAUGGAUCAAUGAUUGGCCCGGACAGCUUGGGAUUACGGCUAGCAAGAUCCAAUGGACGUCAGAUUGCACAAGAACUUUGUGCCGAUGCGAAAUCAUGAACGAAAAAAAACCGAUGAAGAAAUUGCGCAAGAAACAAAACCAAAUAUUGAGCACCUUACAAAUGAUGUCCAGGAAGGAGAUCUCGAAGAUAUUGAGGUGUAAAGUUAACGCUUUGUGCGUCAUAGAGAUACACUCCCGGGAUAUGGUCGAUAAGAUGUAUAAAUUAGGUUGUAUGACGGUUUCUGCGUUCGAAUGGUUUUCUCAGCUGAAGUUCUACUGGGAUAGAGAACGAGAAGACUGCUACAUUCGGCAGACAAAUACGAACUCUAUUUACACAUACGAAUAUAUCGGGAAUUCUGGACGUUUGGUCAUUACACCGCUCACUGACAGAUGCUAUAUAACGUUAACAACAGCCCUCCAUCUGUUCCGAGGAGGAAGUCCUCAGGGUCCAGCUGGUACAGGAAAGACUGAGACCACUAAGGAUCUUGGCAGAGCUCUGGCUCGAUGGGUGGUUGUGACCAAUUGCUCUGAUGGGUUGGACUAUAAGUCGAUGGCGAAAUGCUUUGCAGGUAUAGCCCAAAGUGGAUGCUGGGGAUGCUUUGACGAGUUCAAUCGCAUCAACAUUGAGGUGCUCUCGGUGGUCGCUCAGCAAAUCCUGGCCGUACUGUUGGCACUGUCUCUGUACCAGAAGAAGUUCGUCUUCGAAGGUUCCGAGAUCAAACUGGACGGCAACUGCGGAAUAUUCAUAACGAUGAACCCUGGGUACGCGGGACGAACCGAACUACCCGAUAAUCUCAAGUCAAUGUUCCGUCCCAUCGCUAUGUGCGUGCCGGACUCGCUCAUCAUAGCCGAGAACACUUUGUUCUCUGAUGGAUUCACCGCGUACAAAAUUAACGCUAAGAAGGUGUUCACGUUGUACCAACUCGCAACGCAACAGCUGUCCAAACAGGAUCACUACGACUUUGGACUUAGGUCGAUGGUCGCCUUACUCCGGUACGCCGGAGUGAAGAGACGCGCCUACCCUCAUCUGCCGGAACAAGAGAUGGUAAUCUUGGCGAUGCGCGACAUGAAUGUGGCUCGUUUGACAGCCAAAGACGUGCCGCUCUUCGACGGCAUCAUGCAAGACAUCUUCCCUGAUGUGGAGAUUCCGACCUUGGACUACGAGCUGCUGGAGACAGCUAUCGCGGCGGAGAUGAGACAGGCCGGGUUGCAGCCUACGCGAGCUGCGCUGCACAAAGUGAUACAAACUUUUGAGACCAAGAACUCUCGCCAUUCCAGCAUCCUGCUGGGAGACACCAACACCGCCAAGUCGGUUUCCUGGCGCAUGCUGUCCGCUACCAUCAGUCGUCUGUGCAGAGAGAACGUCCCGGGCUUCGAGAACGUCCAGGUCCACCCCAUGAACCCGAAGGCUCUGACGCUGGGAGAACUAUACGGGGAGUACAACCUGGCCACUGGCGAGUGGAAGGACGGGGUUCUGUCGUCCAUCAUGAGAACUAUUUGUCAAGACGAAUCUCCGGAUCAGAAGUGGAUUAUCUUCGACGGGCCCGUUGAUGCCAUUUGGAUUGAGAACCUUAAUUCGGUGAUGGACGAUAACAAGCUCCUCACGUUGGUCAACAGCGAGAGGAUCUCCAUGCCCAGACAAGUUUCUCUAUUAAUAGAGACUCUGGACUUGGCUGUGGCCUCUCCAGCUACUGUCUCCAGAAACGGCAUGGUGUACAACGACUACAAGGAUUGGGGCUGGUGGCCAUACGUCAACUCCUGGUUGGAGACUAUCAGUGACUUGGAGUAUCGGGAAAUGCUCCGGCGGCACUUUCAAAAUAUUCUGACCCCGGUGCUGGAGCUGAAGCGGCUGCAGCUGACCGAGGGUCCGUCGGUGCGCGGCCAGGAGCUGACCGGGGUGCGCGCCCUGUGCAGACUGCUGGGCCUGCUCCCCCCGCCCGCCGCCCCGUUGCCCGACGAGGAGGACAAUGAAAACUUUUCCAAGAUGCGAUUUUUGUUUGCUUUGGUCUGGUCGGUGUGCGCGACCCUCGAGGAAGAGUCGCGUCGCAAGAUCGACAACUGGAUCCGGGAGCACGAAGGCAUCUUCCCGCUGAAGGACACGGUGUACGAUUACUACGUGGACGAGAGGCUGCGGCAGUUCAAGCCCUGGGAGGACAAGCUGCCCGACAACUGGAGGUUCAAUGCCGGUCUGGGUUUCCAUACGAUCUUGGUGCCGACCGUGGAGUUCAUCCGAGUUCAGAUAGUGGCCUUGGAGAUGCUGCGGGCCGGUCGCGGCGUGCUGGUCGGCGGCGCCACCGGGACAGGGAAGACGUUCCUCGUCCAGGGAACGCUGGCCAGUCUCGACCCGGACAGGUACAGCACGCAGGUCAUCAACAUGUCUGCCCAGACCACGGCCGCGAACGUCCAGGAUAUUAUUGAGGCAAGACUCGAGAAGAGAACCAAAGGGAACUAUGUGCCAGCCGGAGGCAAGAAGAUGAUAGCGUUCCUGGACGAUAUAAACAUGCCGGUGCGCGACGAGUACGGGUCGCAGCCCCCGCUGGAGCUGGUCCGCCUGUGGAACGACUACGGCUACUGGUUCGACAGGCAGAAGCAAUGGCGCAAGAACGUUAAGGACAUGGUGCUGUGCGGCGCGGCCGGGCCGCCGGGGGGCGCCCGCAGCGCACUGCCCCCCCGCCUGCUGUCUUGCUUCCAUGCCUUCUACCUGCCGCCUCCCACGCAGUCCCAGCUCAUCAAGAUCUUCGGGACGAUGCUAUCCCAACAUCUCCAGGAGUUCGACGAGGAGACUAAAAGUGUCGGUAAAAUCGUCCUCGCGGCCACGAUCGACAUGUUCAACAAUAUCGUGGCCAAGCUCCUGCCGACUCCGAGCAAGAUGCAUUAUUUGUUUAAUCUGAGGGACAUCUCCAAGAUAUUUCAGGGCCUCCUCCGCAGCAACAAGGACUAUACAAAUACGAAGCCGCGAUUCCUGAGGCUUUGGAUACACGAGUGUUUCAGAGUGUUCGGUGAUAGACUUACCGAAGAGAAGGAUCGCGACUGGUUCAUGAACCAAGUGAGCGACAUGUUGGGUAAGCACUUCGAGCUGACGUUCCACGCUCUGUGCCCGAGCAAGAGUCCUCCGUUGUUCGGACAUUUCCUCAACCCCUUCGAAGUUUACGAUGAUUUAAACGACCCUGCCGCUCUGAGGAGAUACAUAGCCAAUCAGAUGGAGGAGUAUAACAGCUGUCCCGGCGUCGUGAAGAUGGAUUUGGUUCUGUUCAAGGACGCGAUCGAGUACAUUGUUCGUAUUGUGCGGGUCAUAUCGCAGCCCAGGGGCCACAUGCUGUGCGUCGGCAUUGGCGGGUCCGGACGUCAGAGUUUAACUCGCGUCGCGUCUUACAUCUGCGAGUGUAAUUCUUUCCAAGUUGUAGUCACGAAGACUUAUGGAGUGAAAGAUUUUCGUGAAGAUUUAAAGGUCCUGUACACCAGUUGCGGAGUGGACUCCAAGAAGACGACGUUUAUAUUCUGCGACACUCAAAUCGUGGAGGAGACUUUUACAGAGAUAAUCAACAACCUGCUCAGCAGUGGAGAGGUCACCAACCUGUACAAGCCGGACGAGUUUGAGGAUAUCAAACAGGCCUUAGAGAAGCCCAUGAAGGCAGCGAAUUUGAUGCAGACCGCGGAGGCUGUGUACCUGUUCCUAGUGGACAGGGUCCGCGCUAACAUGCACAUCGUGCUCUGCUUCAGCCCCAUCGGGGAUGACUUCAGGAACCGCAUCCGGCAGUACCCGGCGCUGAUCAACGCGACGACCACGAACUGGUUCUUGGAGUGGCCGCGGGAGGCGCUGCUCGAGGUGGCCUACAAGUUCUUGGACGGGGUCGAGCUGCUCGCCUCCAUUACCGGACAAAGGGUACGUAGGAAGGAGUCUGUGGUAGAGAGUAGGGAGGACUCGCUGCGCGCCUCGGUGGCGUCCAUCAUGUCUCUGGUCCACUCGUCGGUCGGGAAGUACUCGGUGAAGAUGUGGAACGAGAUGAGGAGGACCAACUACGUCACCCCCACCAACUAUCUGGAGCUGGUGACCGGAUACAAAGAGAUGUUAAAAGCGAAACGAUUCGAAGUAGCGCUACAGGCGAACAAACUGAGAAACGGUCUCGGUAAAGUCGAGGAGACGACCAAACUCGUCGGGCAGAUGUCUGAAGAAUUGGCGGUCGCUCAGGUGGGCGUGCUGCUGGGGAAACCACGCAACAACCUGAAUCGCGCUAACGAUGUUCAAGUGGCCGAGUACACGGAUCAGUGUAUCGAGUACAUGGGCGUGAUCAACGCGCAGCAACGGAACGCGGACGAGCAGCAGCGCAGCGUGGCGGCGCGCAGCAAGAAGACGCAGGAGGAGGAGGUGCAGUGCAAGAAGCUGGCCGACGCCGCCAUGCGGGACCUCGCCAGCGCCAUGCCCGCGCUCGAGGAGGCCGUCAAGCACAGUAACAAGACGUAUCCUGAACAGGCCCUGGACGCGUUGAACAAGAAAGACAUAACCGAAGUGAAGUCGUACGCCAAGCCUCCUCAAAAAGUCGAGAUGGUCCUCGAAGCUGUGCUCAUAUUGCUGCAGGGUCUCUUACGUAGCAACAAGGACUACACAAAUACGAAGCCGCGAUUCCUGAGGCUUUGGAUCCACGAGUGUUUCAGAGUGUUCGGUGAUCGACUUACCGAAGAGAAGGAUCGCGACUGGUUCAUGAACCAAGUGAGCGACAUGUUGGGUAAGCACUUCGAGCUGACGUUCCACGCUCUGUGCCCGAGCAAGAGUCCUCCGUUGUUCGGACAUUUCCUCAACCCCUUCGAAGUUUACGAUGAUUUAAACGACCCCGCCGCUCUGAGGAGGUACAUAGCCAAUCAGAUGGAGGAGUAUAACAGCUGUCCCGGCGUCGUGAAGAUGGAUUUGGUUCUGUUCAAGGACGCGAUCGAGUACAUUGUUCGUAUUGUCCGGGUCAUAUCGCAGCCGAGGGGCCACAUGCUGUGCGUCGGCAUUGGCGGGUCCGGACGUCAGAGCUUAACUCGCGUCGCGUCUUACAUCUGCGAGUGUAAUUCUUUCCAAGUUGUAGUCACGAAGACUUAUGGAGUGAAAGAUUUUCGUGAAGAUUUGAAGGUCCUGUACACCAGUUGCGGAGUGGACUCCAAGAAGACGACGUUUAUAUUCUGCGACACUCAAAUCGUGGAGGAGACUUUUACAGAGAUAAUCAACAACCUGCUUAGCAGUGGAGAGGUCACCAACCUGUACAAGCCGGACGAGUUUGAGGAUAUCAAACAGGCCUUAGAGAAGCCCAUGAAGGCAGCGAAUUUGAUGCAGACUGCGGAGGCCGUGUACCUGUUCCUGGUGGACAGGGUCCGCGCCAACAUGCACAUCGUGCUCUGCUUCAGCCCCAUCGGAGAUGACUUCAGGUCUUUGUUCCUACCGUUACAGGCUUUGUACCCGGCGCUGAUCAACGCGACGACCACGAACUGGUUCUUGGAGUGGCCGCGGGAGGCGCUGCUCGAGGUGGCCUACAAGUUCUUGGACGGGGUCGAGCUGCUCGCCUCCAUUACCGGACAAAGGGUACGUAGGAAGGAGUCUGUGGUAGAGAGUAGAGAGGACUCGCUGCGCGCCUCGGUGGCGUCCAUCAUGUCUCUGGUCCACUCGUCGGUCGGGAAGUACUCGGUGAAGAUGUGGAACGAGAUGAGGAGGACCAACUACGUCACCCCCACCAACUAUCUGGAGCUGGUGACCGGCUACAAAGAGAUGUUAAAAGCGAAACGCUUCGAAGUAGCGCUACAGGCGAACAAACUGAGAAACGGUCUCGGUAAAGUCGAGGAGACGACCAAACUCGUCGGGCAGAUGUCUGAAGAAUUGGCGGUCGCUCAGGUUCAAGUGGCCGAGUACACGGAUCAGUGUAUCGAGUACAUGGGCGUGAUCAACGCGCAGCAACGGAACGCGGACGAGCAGCAGCGCAGCGUGGCGGCGCGCAGCAAGAAGACGCAGGAGGAGGAGGUGCAGUGCAAGAAGCUGGCCGACGCCGCCAUGCGGGACCUCGCCAGCGCCAUGCCCGCGCUCGAGGAGGCCGUCAAGGCCCUGGACGCGUUGAACAAGAAAGACAUAACCGAAGUGAAGUCGUACGCCAAGCCUCCUCAAAAAGUCGAGAUGGUCCUCGAAGCUGUGCUCAUACUACUGCAGAAAGAGCCGACCUGGGCCGAAGCGAAGCGCCAGCUCGGCGACCAGUACUUCCUCGACCGGCUCCGGGAGUUCGACAAGGACAACAUUUCCGAUAAGACGCUGAAGAAGAUCGGCACUUACACGGCCAAGCCGGACUUCGACCCCGAGAUUGUCGGUACCGUGUCCCUGGCGGCCAAGUCGCUCUGUCUCUGGGUCAGGGCCAUCGAGAAGUACGGCAAGGUUUACAAGAUAGUAAAACCGAAAAAGGAACGUUUGGAAGAGGCGCUGGAGUCGCUUCGUAUGAAGCAGCAAAUCCUGGCCGAAGCCCGGGCGAAGCUACGCGAGCUGAGCGAGAUGAUAGCGCGGCUCCAGAAGGAGUACGACGAGAAAGUCGCCCAGAAAGACGAGCUGGAGCGGAAAUCGAAGCUGCUGCAGCUGAAGCUGGAAAGGGCCGAAGCUCUGAUCACUGGGCUUUCAGGUGAAAAGGAACGGUGGGCAUUGACAGUGGAAAGACUCGACGAGGAGUUCACGAGGCUGCCCGGAGACUGUCUGCUGGCCACGGGCUUCGUGGCGUACCUUGGACCUUUUGUUUCUGUAUAUAGGGAGGACUUGCUCGAUCAUUGGUUCAAAGAGGUAUUCAACGAAGAAGUUCCGGUCACUAUGGAGUUGAGCAUGAAGAACUUUUUACUCGACGACGCGAUUCUCAGGGAUUGGAACUACAUGGGUUUGCCGGAUGACAAUUUUAGUGCAGAAAACGGUAUAAUAGUGGUGAGAGCCACACGUUGGCCGCUUGCCGUCGACCCUCAAGGUCAGGCCCUCAUUUGGAUAUCCAAACUUGAAGAGCCUAAUGGCAUACAGGCAGUCGACUUCGGGCAGCCUAACUAUUUGAAAGUUAUGGAGUCAUGUCUAACGGAAGGGAAGCCGGUAAUCAUUCAAAACGUUGGCGAGAUUCUAGAUCCUUCCAUAGCCCCGAUCUUGGACAAAGCCAUCGUGAAAAUCGGGAAUGAUCUGGUCAUAAAGUUUAAUGAGAAAAUGAUACCUUAUAAUACCAAGUUCAAAAUGUAUUUGACCACUAAGCUCGGUAAUCCCGUUUAUACACCCGAGACCCUGACGAAGACCACGAUGGUCAACUUUGCUGUCAAAGAAGAAGGUCUGACGGCGCAGCUGCUCGGCAUAGUCGUCAGGAAGGAGCGGCCGCAGCUCGAACAGAUGAAGGAUAGUUUGGUUAUGACCAUAGCCAACAAUAAAAAAGUCUUGGUGGACCUCGAGAACGAUCUGCUGCGGAUCAUGUACGAGUCCCAAGUGCCGCUGCUGGAGAACGAAGAGCUGUUCGUCACGCUCCAGAUCUCACAGCGAACGUCUGAGGAAGUCAAGGAGGCGCUGAUCACGUCUCAAGUCACCGAGAAGGAGAUCGAUGCUGCAAGACAGGGCUACGUGCCGGUCGCGGUGCGGGCCUCCGUGCUCUUCUUCGCUCUGAAUGACUUGUCGCGUAUCGACCCGAUGUACCAGUUCUCUCUGGAGGCGUACAUAGACUUGUUCACUUACUCCAUAGACAAAAGCCCCAAAGGAGGCGAACUGGAAGACAGGAUUAAUAAUUUGAAUGAAUAUCACACGUACUCUGUUUAUAAGAACACGUGCCGCGCGCUGUUCGAGCGACACAAGCUGCUGCUCUCGUUCCACAUCGUGUCCCGGAUCCUGUUCCAAAUGAACAAGAUGAGCGCUCACGAGUAUCUGUUCCUGCUGAAGGGCGGCGUCGUCCUGGACAGAUCCGAACAACCCGAGAAUCCUACCAACUGGAUGCCGGACGAGUGCUGGGACAACGUGACGGAGCUGGACAAGCUGCCGGGCUUCCACGGAGUGGUCGACGCCUUCGAGACCUUCAGCAAGGACUGGAGGGACUGGUACCUGCAUCCGGAGCCGGAGUCGCAGCCGCUCAUAGGCGAAUGGAACGACAUCUGCAACGACUUUCAGAAGAUUCUGUUCAUCCGCUGCCUGCGCGCGGACCGCGUGUCCGCCUGCGUCACCGCCUUCAUCAUCAGCGUGCUGGGCGCCCGCUACGUGGAGCCCCCCGUGCUCGACAUCAAGCAAGCCUGGGAAGAGUCCACGUGGAAGACGUCGCUACUGUUCGUGCUGUCCCCGGGAGUGGACCCCACGGCCUCGCUCAUCCAGCUGGCGCGCGACGUCAAGAUGGCGGACAAGUUCCAGUCCCUCAGUCUCGGGCAGGGACAGGCGCCGGCCGCCGUCAGGCUGCUGAGCCGCGGCAUGCGCGAGGGCGGGUGGGUGUACCUGGCGAACUGCCACCUGGCGUGCGCGUGGCUGGCGGGGCUGCGGCUGGACGCGUCGCGCGUGCACGCCCGCUUCCGCCUGUGGCUGUCGUCGCUGCCCGACGCGCGCUUCCCGCUCGCCGUGCUGCAGCGGAGCAUCAAGAUGACGACGGAGCCGCCCCAGGGCCUCAAAGGGAAUCUGGUUCGUAUAUACGCGAACAUGAACGAGGAUCGCUUCGACGAGGCGACGCCGAAGUAUCGGCGGCUCCUGUUCUGCGUCUCGUUCUUCCACUGCACGCUCAUCGCUAGGAAGCGGUUCCGGCAGCUCGGCUACAACGCCGUCUACAGCUUCAACGAUGCCGACUUUGACGUAUCAGAUAAUUUGCUGUCUAACUACUUGGAGGAAUACGAUGAGGUUCCGUGGGAUGCUUUACGUUAUCUGUUCGCGAUCAUCAACUACGGAGGACACAUCACGGACGAUUGGGACAAGCGCGUGCUGAUCGCUUACAUCAACCAGUUCUUUUGCGAGGAAGCUCUCGAUACACCGUUUUAUAGGCUGUCGUCGAUGCCGUCGUACCACAUCCCCCGCGACGGCAGCCUGGAGUCGUACCGCGACUUCCUUGAGCUCCUGCCCGGGUACGAGCGCGCGGAGUCCGUCGGGCAGCACGCCUCCGCCGACGUGGCCACCCUGGCGCAGGAUGCGUUGAUAAUGUGCUCCACGCUGUUCGCUCUGGCUUCCACCGGGGGAGGCGGCGGGGGCAGCGGGGACGACCAGAAGGUGGACGAGCUGGCGGCGGAGAUGCUCUCAAAGCUCCCGAACAAGAUUGACGUGGAGACCACGGAGCGAAUGAUGGGGCCGGAGAUUGUGAUGCCCAUGUGCGUCUCCCUGCUGCAGGAGAUCGGGUACUACAAUACCCUGCUGACCGGCAUCGAGCUCCGACGCGCCAUCGAGGGUCUGGUCGUGAUGUCCGAAGUGCUGGAGGACAUGAACACUUGCAUCUUCGAGGGGAGGGUGCCGAUUUUUUGGCAGAAAGGUCGUCCGUCGAUGAAGCCGCUAGGGUCGUGGUGCCGCGAGCUGUGUCUCCGCGGGACGCACCUGGCGGCGUGGGCCGGCGCCCCGCGCGCCCCGCCCACGCUGUGCUGGCUGCCCGCCCUCGUCGCUCCGACCGGCUUCCUCACCGCCGUCAUGCAGACCACGGCCCGUGGCGAGGGUUGGCCCAUAGACACGCUGUGCUGGGAGUUCACCGUUAUGCCGCUCGAGGAAACCGCCUUCGUCCGCCCUCCGAGAGAUGGUGGGGUUUACAUCAGAGGCCAAUACUUGGAAGGGGCGAGCUGGUUCAAGAAGGAAGGGUACCUACAGGAACCCCUUCCCAUGCAGCUGGUGUUUCCCAUGACGCCCAUACACUUCAAGCCGAUCAGGGCCACCGGGAGACGACUGAAGAACCGGUACACGUGCCCUUGUUACUACUACCCGCUGCGGCAGGGAGCGUUCGUGGUGGCCGUGGACCUGCCGUCUGGGAAGGAGUCCUCCGAUUUCUGGGUUAAAAGAGGAACGGCCUUGUUGUGUACUUUAGCUACGUAA